AUGCGGGAUCAAAGCUCUGCUCCGAAAGUAGAUGGGAUGGCCGAUGCGCGCGACAUGUGGGGAUUCGGGAGGUCGGCACCGGACGACAACCAGGUCGGCGAAGGCGAUGCAAACCGGUUGGCAGACGGCAGUCUAAAGAGAGGAAACGAGGGUGCCCAUCGAGUGAAGCCGCGAGGAGUGGACGUGAUCGGGGAAGAGGCCUGGAGAGCGAACGGAGAGUGCAGAGGAAGUGGAUGA